AUGGCGCGCGUCAAUGUGUCGGCGGCGUGGCUGGUGCUCGCCGUCGUCCUCGCGCUCCUGCUCCCGUCCUCGUUCUGCGCCGCGGAGCCAAUCAAGACCACGCCCACGCGUUUUAGCUUCCGCCUCCCGCUCCCCGAUGGCGUCAGCGGCGCCGAAAGCCUCGCCUUCGACCGUCGUGGCCAGGGUCCCUACGCCGGCGUCUCCGACGGCCGCGUGCUCAAGUGGGGCGGCAGCGCGCUCGGCUGGACCACGUUCGCGCACAGCGCCAACUACCGGAGGAUCCCGCUGUGCACGGCCUCCGUGGUGCCGUCGGAGGAGACGGAGAGCAUGUGCGGUCGCCCGCUGGGGCUGCAGUUCUUCGCCAAGACCGGCGACCUCUACAUCGCCGACGCGUACCUGGGGCUGAUGAAGGUCGGGCCGGACGGCGGCGAGGUAGAGGUGCUGGCGACCCAGGCCGACGGCGCGCCGUUCCACUUCGUCAACGGGCUGGACGUCGACCAGGCCACCGGCGACGUCUACUUCACCGACAGCAGCACCACGUACCCGCGCAGGUUCAACACGGAGAUCAUGAUGAACGCCGACGCGACGGGGCGGCUGCUCCGGUACGACGCGCGGUCGAAGCAGGUCACCGUGCUCAGGGCCGGCCUGCCGUACCCAAACGGCGUGGCCGUGAGCGCCGACAGGACGCACGUGGUGGUGGCGCACACGGUGCCGGCGCAGGCGUUCAGGUACUGGCUCAGGGGGCCCAGGGCCGGGCAGUACGAGCUCCUGGCGGACCUGCCGGGGUACCCGGACAACGUGAGGCGCGACGCCAGGGGAGGCUACUGGGUGGCGCUCAACCAGGAGAAGGCGCGGAUCGACGCGACGGCGGCUCCCGCGAAGCACCUGGUGGGCGUCCGGCUCCGCGCAGACGGCGUGGAGGUGGAGGAGCUGACGGCGGCCAAGGGCGUCACGCUGAGCGACGUCGCAGAGAAGGACGGCCAGCUGUGGCUGGGGUCGGUGGAGCUCGACUACGUCGGCCUAGUUUAUUAGUACAGUAGCUAAGAUAGUUAUACAUUAGUUGGAGCGUCGUCAUUAGCAG